AUGAACGCGUCACUCAACAGCACUUGGCAAUCGGGGUCCGAUGCUUGGGUGCUCUCUAUAGACUAUUUUCCGGAAAUUGCCAAUGGUGCUUUUGCUGUCACUAAUAGUUCGGGUGAGCUUAUUCUUUACUCAUUGAAAGACACAUCCAAGCCUCUAGCAAAAGUGAAAGCCCAUGGCUCGAGCAUCAAUGCUACAAACAAAAUCAAUGAGUAUUCUCUAGCCACUGCUGCUGCCGACGGCGUUAGAGUGUGGGAUCUUCGACACGAUCUUCAACAACCGGCUAUGACACUCACCUCUCCAAAGAACCCCAAUUAUCUUUCGCUUGCGAGCAAAGACGGGAUUGCACUUGCUGCUGGCACAGAGCUUGCUGGCGCUGAUGCGGAGAUUCAUAUUUGGGACUUGCGUCAACCUGAGCUGAUGGCCAGAUCAUUUGUAGAUUCACAUCAUGAUGAUGUUACCAACCUCAAGUUCCACCUGACUCUACCAUACCUCAUGUCAGGCUCUACCGAUGGAUGUGUAAACGUCUAUAAUCUAGACGAAUUGGAUGAGGACGAAGCUCUCCACCAGGCCAUCAAUUUUGCGUCUGUUCACCUGUGUCAUUUCAUUCGUCCAGAUCGUAUUGCCAUUCUCACACACAUGGAGACGCUAGGAUUCUUCGAUCUCAACAACACCGAUUAUGAAGUGAAUACCGAAGCUGCUCCUAAAGAAUUGGGUGAUGUACGUACACUUUGGCCCAACUGUGAGUAUGUUGUAGACCUAUUCACAGACUAUAUUGUGUAUGGCGCAAAUCUGGAAGGGACCCUUUCCUUGAUGCCGUUUGACCCAAAACUGGAAUCUUUUGAUAAGAGCAAAAUUAUCAAUUUCGCUCGAGCUCAUGGCGAAGAAGUCGUGCGUGAUGUUUGUGUCAUUCCAGGCACCAAAACGGCUUUGACAUGCGGUGAGGACGGGCUUGUCAAAUCAUGGAGCCUUCCAUUCGUUAUAGAAUCUCAAGGUACUGUUGCUAGCAAGGAUCUUGAAUCCGAAUCAAUGGACAUUGACGAACGCAGUGAUAAGAAAAAGGACAAGAAAGAGAAGAAAGAUAAGAAGGAAAAGAGGGAGAAAAAAGACAAAAAGGAGCGCAAGGAGAAGAAAAAGGAAAAGAAGGAGAAGAAGAGCAAAUCUGACAAGAAACUGAAGAAGGAGAUUCGUUUUAAACCCUAUUAG